AUGGUGAAUUGAGGUGUAUUGGUUUUAAAGUUUUCGAACAAGAGUUCCUAGAUUUGCAAACACCUAUGAAGCGUGCAUGGUAUGAGUUUUGGAACAAAAAGGCUUUGGACUUAGCACAUGAAAAUACCAAAAGAUCUUAUAUGGAAGGUUUGAUAAAAAAAGCCUGGUCAUAUGAAGGUGGUAGACAGAUUGCACUAUGCAAAUUUGGGAAGGAAAUCUGUAAAGCUCAAAAAUUAGAAAAUGAUCCAUUCAGUUGCUAUGAGCAAGCAGCAGAACAGAAACAAAAUGAAAUACAGAAAUUGGAGACAGAAAAGACAGAAAAAGAGCAGGAACUUUGUAGUCGAAUAUACAAAGGAACCAUUUCUAUGAAUGAUAAAGUUUCAUUACGAAAGCAUAUAAAAUUGAUAACAGUUGAUGCUGAGAAAGCUGAGAAAGAUUAUUCAAAAAUACUAACAAACUGGACAGCUCAUGCAUAUAAAGUUGAGAGACGGGGUGUAGAGAAAAAGAAACCUGGUAGGAAAAGGAAAGCAGAAAUACAGGAGAUAAAAUAUCUGACUGCAAAGGAGUUAAGGUCUAAGAAAAGUAAAGUUGAUAACCAGUCAGCAGGCAACCAAGAUAAAAGUAUGGAGUCAAAUGAUAUGUUUGUAGAAGACCCAGCUGAGAUCACAAGUGACAACCAUGAUGAAGGUAUGGAGUCAAAUGAUGUAAUGUUUGUAGACGACCCAGCUGAGAUCACAAGUGACAACCAUGAUGAAGGUAUGGAGUCAAAUGAUGUUAUGUUUGUAGACGACCCAGCUGAGAUAACAAAGGACAACCAUGAUGAAGGUAUGGAGUCAAAUGAUGUAAUGUUUGUAGACGACCCAGCUGAGAUAACAAAGGACAACCAUGAUGAAGGUAUGGAGUCAAAUGAUGUUAUGUUUGUAGACGACCCAGCUGAGAUCACAAGUGACAACCAUGAUGAAGGUAUGGAGUCAAAUGAUGUAAUGUUUGUAGACGACCCAGCUGAGAUAACAAAGGACAACCAUGAUGAAGGUAUGGAGUCAAAUGAUGUAAUGUUUGUAGACGACCCAGCUGAGAUAACAAAGGACAACCAUGAUGAAGGUAUGGAGUCAAAUGAUGUUAUGUUUGUAGACGACCCAGCUGAGAUAACAAAGGACAACCAUGAUGAAGGUAUGGAGUCAAAUGAUGUAAUGUUUGUAGAAGACCCAGCUGAGAUAACAAAGGACAACCAUGAUGAAGGUAUGGAGUCAAAUGAUGUAAUGUUUGUAGAAGACCCAGCAGAGAUCACAAGGGAUAACAACAAUGAAGGUAUGGAGAAAAAGAAUCAGGAAAAACAGAAGAAAAAUCCAAUGACAAAGAAAAACAUGACCCUGUUUAUACCACAGACAUAUGAUACGUACCUUGGAAUAAAGUUGUUAUUUCCAGGAAUCAGUCAGAACACAGUUGGGCUUCCCCAUGGUCUAUCACGAGGUUCAAACGCUUGCACUGGUUUCUGCCUAAAAUUGGCUGAACAUUUUUUUAAUGAAAAAUCUUCUCUUCACAUUAAACCUGCACUUUCCGAGUAUAGAAGUAGCCUGCAUGAAAUAGUAUCAAGGUAUGAGGACAGAAACAUUCAGAUGAUGGACACAAAAUCAGCUAUGACAUAUUUUGGAUAUCAGAAUUCGAUGAAAAUUAUAUCAGACACAAUAUUGGCACCGACAACUUGGUGUAGGUGCAUCUGA